CGAGACAAAGCUGCCACCAAACGAGAGCUGGAGUCGGAGCUGCAGUCAUCAAUUCUUCAUCUGCACGCGCCAAAGUCGCAGCGCACCCGACUUGGUCUGGCCUGGCCCGAUCCAAUCCGAUACGAUCCGAUUCGACUCAUUCCUUGCAGCUAGAUCCAUUUUUUUUUUUGUUUUCUGCUAUAAAUAUAGUGUGUUUUUUUUUCGCUUUGUCGCCAAACUGGUGCGUGGCUGCCGCGCAUGCGUGCGAGCUUUUCUGUGCGAGUGUUGGCCAACUGACCGAACGUAUAUAAGCGAUUAUAGGGCCGGGCUGGCCAACAGUCCAGUCCAGUCGGCCGCGCUGCCUUGCUCUACAUCCCCGAAGCGUACCGAGCGUUCCGUUCCGUUCCGUUGCGUAUCAGUCCGUUUCGUGUUGCGGGUCUAUAUCGAGUCCGUGGCGUCUGUUCGAUUCAAUUGAGUCGUUCAUCCCCGUGUGUGUGUCUGCUCCGCAAGGCAGUACCUCUCCACCUGACAAAGGAUAGCUUGAUCCUUGGAGCAAGCUUGUGAAUUCUUUUUUUGGAAAAGUGCAAAUGUUGUGUCAUUGACAGAAAGGAUCCAUAAAGUUUCUUCAUUAAUCCAGAGCCAACGAAUUUUUUUAGUGGAAAUAUGAAGUUCCAUCUGAUAGCCCUGCUGGGCUUACUCGGCUCCGUGCUGGCCGAUCCCUCAGCCCUACCCUCGCCCACACUGGCACCACCGCUGCCGCCCUGUGUGCAUGCGGCCACCACCGGCUAUGCAUAUCCACCCCCAGCCGAGGUGAAGUUCUCCAUAUCGCCGGGCGUGACCAAGUACAGCCAGUCGCCGGCGAUUUCCUCGUACUCCGAGAACGGAAAGCUCCUGCACACGGCGAUCGGGAGCUCAGGGUCCUCCUACGAAUCCAGCGCGGGACUUGAGGGCCUGUCGCAUGGUGGCCUCACCCAGAUUGACAAGUACAUAGCUCCGGUGCAGAAAUCACUGUUCUCGCCAUCGGCGGAGUACGCAGGAGCAGGUAUCACCUAUGCAGAGAAGUCACCGGCUGCCAAGUAUGCGACUGUGGUGCCGUCGGGCAUCGAGAUCAAGAACCUGGUCUCUCCAGCUCUCACCAAGACACUGCUGUCGGCCCCAAGGCUGGACAAUGGUUACCUGCCCCCAUCUCCCAGCCUGAGCAAGGUAGCCACGUACACCUCGCCCGGAUACAGCUACAGCUCGGCGACGCCCGGCAUCUCGAAGGUGGCCACUUACUCGUUCCCGGCCCCGGCUCCGGCCCCGUCUAGCGUGCCCUACUAUGCACCGCCGGUGACUACCAAGGUGGAGACCUACAGCUCACCCGGAUACACCUAUUCCAAGGCCAGUCCGGGAUACUCCAAAGUUGAGACCUACAGCUCGCCCGGCUACAGCUACGGCCAGCUCUCGCCCGGCCUUUCCAAGAUUGCAACAUACUCGCCCUCCGUCUCCUACGCGGCACCGGCAAUAGCCAAGGUCUCUGCCUACGUCGCCCCGGCUGUUAAGCUGGCCACCACCUCGUCCCUGCUAUCCUCCCAUGGCACGGGCUACUCCGCCAGCUAUGCUCCAGCCCUCACAAAGUACAGCCAGGCGGCGGAUGUUUCCCACCAGUUCAUAUCCAAGCCCAUCAUUGCCGCCUAUCCGGCAGCGGCUCCAGCCAUUGCCACCUAUUCCCCGGCUCCGUCCGUCACAAAGAUCGUCGGAAGCUAUGGAGGAUCUGCAUCCGGUGCUGUUUCCCAUCAGUACGUGUCAAAGCCAGCAGUGGCCACCUACUCCUCAGCUCCUGCCAUAGCCAAGGUGGCGACCUAUGCUGCUCCAGCACUAUCCACGUACUCCUCGGGUCCCGCUAUCACCAAGCUCUCGACCAGCUACGGAGGAAGUGGUUCCGGCGUGGUUUCCCAUCAAUAUGCUGCAGCUCCUGCCGUUGCCUACGCCUCCCCGUCCAUUUCUACAUACUCUGCGGCUCCCAGUCUCUCCAAGAUUGCCACUAACUAUGGCAGCACUGGCCACGGCGGAGCCGUCUCCCAUCAGUAUGUGUCCAAGCCAGCGGUGGCUACUUAUUCGGCCGCUCCUGCUAUUGCGAAGGUGGCGACUUAUGCUGCUCCAGCGGUUGCCACCUAUGCGUCUGCCCCCGCCAUAACCAAGCUAUCGACCAGCUACGGAGGAAGCGGUUCAGGAGGAGCCGUUUCACAUCAGUAUGUGUCCAAGCCGGCUGUGGCCACAUACUCCUCUGGUCCUGCCAUUGCCAAGGUAGCCACCUAUGCAGCUCCAGCCCUGUCCUACUCCUCAGCUCCUGCCAUUUCCAAGGUGGCCUACGCUGCUCCGGCUGUUUCCGCCUACUCCUCAGGUCCGGUCGUAACCAAAGUGACCACUGGGUAUGGCAGCCACGGCGGAAGCUAUGGAGGGAGCGGCUCGGGAGCCGUUUCCCACCAGUAUGUCUCCAAGCCGGCAGUGGCCACAUACUCCUCUGGUCCUGCCAUAGCCAAAGUAGCAUCCUACGCUGCUCCUGCCAUAGCCACAUACUCCGCAGCUCCUGCCAUCGCAAAGGUGGCGACAUAUGCCGCUCCUUCUAUUGCAACCUAUUCCUCAGGCCCCGCCCAUGCCAAAGUAGCAACCUACAGCCAGGCAGCGGAUGUUUCCCAUCAGUACAUUUCGAAACCCAUUGUCGCUGCCUAUCCGGCAGCGGCUCCAGCCAUUGCCACCUAUUCCUCGGCUCCGGCCGUCACAAAGAUCGUAGGCAGCUAUGGAGGAUCUGCAUCCGGUGCUGUCUCCCAUCAGUACGUGUCAAAGCCAGCGAUUGUCGCUGGUCCUGCCAUCUCCAAAGUGGCUACCUAUGCUGCUCCAGCCAUUGCCACCUACUCCCCGGCUCCGGCCGUCACAAAGAUCGUGGGCAGCUAUGGAGGAUCUGCAUCCGGUGCUGUUUCCCAUCAGUACGUGUCAAAACCAGCAGUGGCCACCUACUCCUCAGCUCCUGCCAUAGCCAAAGUGGCUACCUAUGCAGCUCCAGCCGUUGCCACCUAUGCUGCUGCUCCCGUUGUAACUAAAGUGUCCACUGGCUAUGGGGGAGCAGGCUAUGGGAGCUACGGAGGAAGCGGUUCAGCUGGGGCCGUAUCCCAUCAGUAUGUGUCCAAGCCAGCAGUGGCAACCUAUUCCUCUGGGCCUGCCAUAGCCAAGGUAGCAUCCUACGCUGCUCCUACCAUUUCCACGUACUCCUCGGCUCCCAGCCUCACCAAGAUUGCCACCAGCUACGGCAGCAGCGGGCACGGUGGCAUCUCAUAUGGCCCGGCUGUCACCAAGAUUUCCAGCUAUGCUCCGGCAUUGUCGAAGACUUAUUUGCCAGCUGCUCCGGCCAUCUCCCUGCCAGCAGUGUCCAAGACUUAUCUGCCAGCUGCUCCGGCCAUCUCCCUGCCAGCAGUUUCCAGCUAUUCUUCAGGUCCGGUCGUAACCAAAGUGUCGUCUGGCUAUGGAGGCUAUGGAAGCUAUGGAGGAAGCGGCUCAGGAGGAGCAGUCUCUCAUCAGUAUGUGUCCAAGCCCGCACUGGCAACCAUCUCAGCAGGUCCUGCCAUAGCAAAGGUGGCAUCUUACGGAGCCCCCGCCAUAUCGACUUAUUCCGCUGCUCCUGUCCUAACGAAAGUGGCCACUGGCUAUGGAGGUCAUGGAGGAAGCGGUUAUGGAGGUUCCGUCUCCCAUCAGUACGUGUCCAAGCCCGUCAUUGGCAGCAUCUCGGCUGCUCCUGCCAUAGCAAAGAUAGCCACGUAUGGCGUGUCGGAUGUUAGCCACAUCUCCGCGGGUCCGGCACUGGUCAAGGUUGGCUCUUCCUCUUCCCAUGGCCUGGGAUUGGGUCUUGGCUACUCUGCUAGCGGACAUGGCGCUGUGUCCACUCAAUAUGUGUCCAAGCCCGCAGGAGCUGCUCUUCUGGGUGCUCCGUUGACCAAGCUAACCUCUGGUCCGGCCUACGCUCUGGGAGGAAAGCUGGCCAGCAGCACAGCCUACGGCAUAAGUGCAGGUAAAUUGGGCCUUGGCUCGGAUCACGAUGGCAGCUACUAUGGAGCCAUCUCCUUGGGUCACGGAGGCGUCUCUCCGGCCCUAAACUAUCAGGGACUUCUCACGCAUGGCACUCAUGGUAGUCUGUCCCAUGGCGGCCUAGGUCUAGGUCUAGGUGGCUUGGCUCAUGGAGGACUGUCAUACGCUCCAAUCACAUCCUCACAUUUGGACGCCUCGCUGAGUGGCUAUGACCAUGGUGUGGGAGGAAUUGGACCUUUGGGCGCCGGUUUCUAUCGUUAUGCUCCGAGUGUGCCGGCGUUAAGUGCUCAUGCCCCACUGCCGGCUACCGCCUACCUGAAGUCGGCGCCCGUGGCCCAGCCAGCCCUGCUCAAGGUGGUGCCAGAGAAGCAUCUAGAACACUUUGAUGCCCAUCCUCGCUAUGCCUUUGAGUAUGCCGUAAAUGAUCCGCAUACGGGCGACAACAAGCAUCAGCGCGAGGAACGGGAUGGAGAUGUGGUCAAGGGAGAGUACUCCUUGGUGGAGCCCGAUGGCAAUGUGCGCACAGUCAAGUACUAUGCCGACUGGGAAACGGGCUUCCACGCCGAGGUCAUCAACAGUCGCGAUCAGGGCAAAAUUGUGGCCAAGCGUCAGACGGCAGCCAAGUCGUGAGCUCUAACAGUUACAAAAUUGUUUUGUUCGUUCAGCAACUGUAAAUAGCCUCAAAUCCAAUCUUCUUCUCAUUAAACAUUAAACGUAUUUAUGUAAAACUCCACAACGAUAACGAUACACCACAACCACGAUGUCACACGGCCCGCCAUUCUUGCCAUUCUCUCUAUAUGUGUAUACCUAUCCACUCGCUCCCGUCUAAAGAUACCUAACUACUGAUCCCUGUGCUCAUGUGAUAGGCGUUUCGUAUUUUACUGAACUGCUUGCGCUGCUCUCUCAACCCUAAAUGCGCGUUUCUUAUGCCUAACUAUUUGUACAUACCUAAACGGAUUGAUUGUAUAUUGAUAUAUAUUGUAAAAUGUUGACUUCAAAUAAACAAGAUUUAAGAACGCCACAGUCGAGAGUGCUCGACAAUGAGAUAUAAAGCCUCAAUACCA